AUGAUUUUUUAGAUAUUACAAAAAUUAACCAUAAUAGUGUUUUAUCUUAAAUUAUGGAGUUUGUUUAAAAAAAUAUUAAAAUCACUUUUGAAAUAAAAAGUCCUUCACUUAGUAACAUUAAAGAAUAAUAGUUACGUUAAUUGUAAUGGGUUUGGAUUUUUAUUGAAUAAUUUGAAAAAUUUAGAUCUGCAUUAUCAUAAAUAUUUAAUAAAAAUACUACCAUUAAUUAUUCUUAAUAUUUAUAGUUCUAAGCUAAAAAUAAAUUUAGCUCUAUUUUAUUAGCUUUCAAAAUGUAAUGAAAAAAAUUGUAAAAAAUGGUAUGAGUUAUAAUUGGAUUUAAGCCAUCUUUGUCUUAAAUCAUACUAAUGUUGUAUUACAUAAUUAUUUGAUAAAAUAAUUGUUCUAUAAAUAGACAUUCCAUUAACUCAAAUACAAUUUAAUGAAGAAAAUUGUUAUCUAAUUUUUGAAUUUUUGGAAUCGUCAAAUACAAAUUAAUUAUAAAGAUUUAUUUGCAAACACUAGAUUUAUAGAAAGAUGAAAUAAAUGUAAUUAAACAUAGUAAAAUUUAAAGAGAUAAAAUAAUAUUUUGAAGAAUUGCACUUAGAAUAAAGUGAUGAAGAUUCUAUGGAUAUAAAAUUUAUUUGUACAGAAUGUUCAGAUGUUCAGAUUAAUAACAAAAAGAUGUUGGUAUAUAUUCAAACUUACAAGAGGAAUGGGUUUUAGAUCAUUUAGAAUAAGAGGAUACAAGUUUUUUACAAGAUAUAAAAAUUAGGAAGGAAUCUUUAGUUCAAAUUUAAUGAAAUAUACUAUGAAACUACAAAGACUAACAAAAUUAUCAUUUGA